UUUUUUCUUUUUGUUUUUUCAGUCUCCAGUUGUAAACUUGACCUCGGUUUGGUGGUGGAUACAACUCAAAGUAUCAAACAAAAGAACAUCAACGAAUUGAAGACAGUUUUGAAAAACCUCGUGCAACAAUUCGAUAUAUCAAACGAUGGAGCCCACAUAGCCCUAGAGACAUUCGGUGACAAAAGCGUAAUCCACAAUCUUUUUGACGAACCAAAAUUUUUUGAAAAAAACUCUCUUACAAAUCUGAUAGACGAAAAAAUCGACAAACUGACAAAACCUACGCGUCUCGAUUUGGCAUUGGAGAAGGCCGACUUAGAACUAUUCACCAGGGAAAAUGGAGACAGACAUGGCGUGCGAAGUGUUAUGGUUUUGUUCACAGACGGAAGGUCUCACCCAAAGGAGACGGAGAAAAAAAAGUACAAGGAACAUUUGAGAAGUAUUAAGGUGAGGAACCCAUUUGUUUUCAAUAUUUUCUCUCGGCCCUUUUUUUAUUCACGGCCCUUUUUUCAUUCAAACAUAGUUGUGGUGUUUGUAUUGUGGUGUAAUGUGAUGUUUACUUUAAGAGCUGCAUGCUUUUUCAGAAUACACGCAUCUUUUAUCACUAAAAAAGGUAAAAAAAGUUCUGUGUUUCUCCCAUUCCUCCGUUUGAUUGUUUGUUGGUAUGAAUUUUUUCAGAGUAAAGGUGUCCGUGUGGUUGUUUUAGCAAUCGGUCCAGACGCACAAAAGCCAAGUUAUCAAAAGGUGCUGAAAGAGCUCGGGGGAGAAAACGUGCUUUCAGCACAUGACUAUGGGUCACUUGUCGGAGCACUCAGCGAUGUCGUCAAUAUUAUCUGUCGUGAGUUGUAGCUGUUAUUACUACUUAUUGUUAGCGAAGUUAUGGUGGGGGGGGGGGCAGUCUAUUUUCUAUAGCCUUCCCCUAAUGCUUUUUGGCGACGACUGACUACCCCUCCGUUCCCUCUGAAAACCAGGUGACCCCCUUAAAAUUAACCCACCCCCCUCCCCAGGGGAAAAUUUAUGAAUUUUCCUUCUCUGCUCUCCUUUUUAAUUUUAUUCCCUUUACACUGAGAACAAUUUUGUUUUACUGUACAAUGUUUCUGUCCAACGCCAAUCAAAUGAGAAAAAAAAAGAAAAUUGGCUUAAUUUUUCACGAGAAAUAAUCUAAUUUUCAAAUUAUGGUAGUUAGUGAUAAAAUUUCAAAUGUCCAAUAUGAAUUCUUUCUUUUUGUCACUCUCCGUUCGAAAUUAUUAUAAACCUGUUGGCGUAGGAGUUAUUUGCGGUGGAAAUGAGCUGAAAGAGAGAUUUCUCACUUGCUUAUGAUCGCAGGUAGUAUUGAGACGGUGGUUUUUUUGGUACAAGGAAAAAACGCACAUAUUUCUUCAUCAUUUAUUUUCGAAUUUAUUAGCCCCUACAUAUUUCUUGCAAGGCUUUACCCAAUAAACGUCACUCCGGACUAUUGUUAUCAUAAUGUCACUUCCAUUCAGAUGUGGCUCUUUAGUGUUCAGUUUUGAGAAAUUUUAAGAUUUAUCCAACGGCGAAAUUUGCUGAUUCGGGCAAACACCGUGUACUGUUUGUUGACUUGCGCAAAGUUACAAUUCGGCGAACCCCAGCUAACCGCUCCCUGUAGGACGAACUUCCCGGAUGCGGAGUCCUUGCAGACGAAUGGUCCUCCACUGUCGCCAUGGCAACCUCCCUGCGAUUCAUUGGGGUUCAGGUUUCCGGCGCAAACCAUUUGUUUGGUAACGUUGAGUAUUCCCCCUGAGGGUGAAGCGGAAAGUUUCUGGGAACAUUCGGCGUUGGAGACAAGUGGGAGCUGGGCCUGUUGAAGUUUGUGGUAGGAAGCACCCGGAUGUUUCACCUUGCCCCACCCUACAGGAUAAAGAUAUUCUGAAUUGAGAUGGUGCAUUAAAGUUGUCAUGCUUCCUUCUCGGGCUAUAGCCUGACCUGCGAUAUGCACCAGUCAUUUAACAUUUAAUUGUAAGGACAUAGCCGACUGGCUGAUUCAAUCCUUUAUUUAAUUGAAACGAGCGUGAUAACAUUUAUGAUAACACAUCAUUUAAGUCUGAUAAUGGCUUUUGCUAAGGCUGUCGAAACGUCAGUCACAGCUACCGACAAUGUUCCUCCUCAGGCCGGGACUACACGAUCACAUUUGUCAGAUCACACGAUCACAUUUAUCAGACUACACGAUCACAUUUAUCAGACUACACGAUCACAUUUAUGAUUUUUAUGACCACAUUUAUAUUUUGCUAAAUUUCCCAAACAAAACGUUCUUAUCCAAAGCUCUUAUGAAACACACCAAAUGUACGAAAACGACUUCUGAUUAUGCAAGAAUGGUAAAAACACGAUUCCAAAUUAAUGCGGGGAUAGUGUGGUGUUCGGAAUUCAAUUCUUUCCCAUUUUUUUUCACCCUUGUUCCUCGAUCGUUCCUGUCUCACCAAACCAAUGUUUCAAAACUUUUCGCAAUAUUGAAUUAGAUAAGCUUCAUUUUAUUUUACUUGUUUUUUUUUUACUUUUAAGGCAGUUCUGUGCGUUUCAGGUUUGACUUGAAAAUUUCAAAAGGAGUUCCUUUAAAAUUUUUCUUCAUUUAUAGGCGUUACUGUAGCUAGCAAAACGUGACAAGUAAUUACCUGUGAUAUAGCACGUGCUAUUUAGAGAGACAGCUACGUCUCUCUUAGGAAGACAGAUGGUGUUCACGUGACUAUUCAACAGCACCGGGUGGUCGAGCUUGAUUAAGGCAAUGUCGUUAUUGAUGAGCGAUGGGUAGUUGUACUUAGGGUGUUUAAUCACUUUGGACGCGUUGCGGACCUGUUCUGUGCCGUCGGGGAAGAAGCGGUGCCAGUCUCCCAAGCGAAUGCGGUAUGAAGCAACGGGCAGAUUGUCGUUAAUGCAGUGGGCAGCUGUGACGACCCAGUUUAGUUUGAUGAGGGACCCUCCGCAGAAGAACUUAGAGUCAUCGUCUCCAGCGUACAGACCUACUUGCCAGGGCCACGAUCCGUGUAUCGCAUCUGUUCCACCGAUAACACGGCCCUGAGGAACCACAGACCUGCCACAUUCACCUGGAACGUUUUAUGGGUCUUUAGUGUCCUCUCAUUUUAAACCUUUUCAAUCCGAAUCCAAGCAGACUUAACAGCGCAGGUUAUUAAAUGUUAUACGGCUUGUAUGAGAGAUUGAUAUACUCUGUUAUGUAUUACCUCCGCAUACUAAAACACAGUUUCAAAUAUAUAAGAUCGCAAUUGGUUUAUUUUUGCAUUUGAUUAGUUGAAGUAAUGAUGCCGGUGAUUUCUUUAAGCUAAUCACAGUGUGUAGUGGUGUAAAAUCUGAUUAAAAUUGGACAAUCUUCGACAACGCAUGGAAAAAUUCCUCUGAUACACUCAAACUUACCCAGGGGCUGUCCAGGCUGCACCGGUUGUGGAGUCGCAUGAGAAGUUAUAUCUGAAAAGGAAAUUAAUCUUUUAGUUGAAUUUCGUCAAGUUCAGUCUGCAAUUAAAAAAAAAAUAAUACUUCAUUUGGUUUGAUUAGUAGUGGAGUGGAUCGCAAGGGAAAUACUAAGCGAGUUUUUUUUUGCUGUAAAGCCCCAUAACAACUCAGUGCACAUACAAUACACAUAGUAUACAAUUUUUUAAGAUGGAACAACGGCUGGCAUUACCUACGUUUGAAUAAAGUAUAGUUUUAGCAUGACCUUUAUUAUAUCAUCUGCUUUUUACUUACUGCAGAGAUGACAACUCUUUUCACAGUACUUUUUCAUAAGUUCGAAAUAUUUUGGAAUGUUACAUAGACCCAUUUGAUCGUACACUUGGCAGUUAUCUAGAUAGUCACUGCAACCUGAAAUAAGGAAAAACAAAACCAAAAAUAAAACAAAACAAAACUAAAAAAAGAAAACAACGUAGAAAAAAUGCUUUGGCAAAAACUCAGGACAUGAGCAUUGGAACCUCAGACCUUUUGAUUCCGCUCUGUCACUAAGCCUACAGAGAACUGAUCUUUCUCCUUACGGGGAGAGAUGUGAAACAUUUGUCACGAAAGUGGGAAAAAGAGAAAAAAAAGGUCCCUUUCAAUGGGAAGUGAGGAAUUGAGCUCCGGCCAAUUUCGACUUCGAAGUCAGAUGCUCAACAGUCUGAGCUACAGCUACUGUAUAUUUCUACGAUCAGCAAUGUGGAAAGCACCCUAAGUAGGUAUAGAACAAAAAUGAAUGGGAAAUCUUCCACUCAGAUGUCGAAUUGAGAAUCUUGAUGAUAGUUAAUGAUCAAAUGACGAGUGUUGACAACAGAACGAAACGGACCACGAUUUUGAACACACAUUUCCAGAAACAAAAUGUAUGUUUCCCAGAGGUACAUUAGAAAAGCAGAAUUGCCAUACACUCACCUAGGCUCAUGGAGAAAAGAGAUAACAAACCAAAAGUAACGGAGGACAACAUCAUAAGAUCUCUGUACAACAGAUAUUGCUUUAAGCGAACUAUUAUCACUAAACAACCUCUGAGUUUCGGAGAAAGAGGACAAUCGACUCAUUUCGAUUUCUUUUAUGUUCGUCACUGUGAAUGGAUGUACAUCAGCUGUAUUGACGACGAUGUUUUGCAUUGUUCUGAGGUGUGACAGCAUUUAGGCAAUUAAAAGAAAAACUUUUAGAAUAAAAGUGCGGUUAUUUGUGUUUGCUGGUGUCAAAAUUAUGAUCACAUUGAAGUUACUUCGCGGUUGUUGACUAAAAAAGUGUAAAGAAGUUGAGAAAUCCCUUUUGAAUAAAGAAAAUCCCUGAGUAAAGAAGACUGCAAUAUUAUUUCAGCAAAUCUGCUGAAAUAAUAUUGCAGACUAUUGAAGACUACUCUAAAUAUUGAAAAAGUCGUUCAGAAUUUUAGCUGAGAGGAAUUUCGGGGUUGGAGAACAUAAUUUGCAGUUACAAAUAUUCACGAUAAAGAGGUAACUAUUUUACUUUGGAUACUUUCUACAUGAAAUCGUCAACUCUUGUGGUAUAUGAAAUUCCUUCUCAAGAGAAGUUGUUACAAUAUGAAAUGAGAGACCAUUCUUUCAAUAGGAGCUAUCCGAACAUUCACUCAUUUUUAAAAUAAAGCAUUUACUGCUAAAUAUUUUCAAGAGGGAAAAUUCCUUUCUAUACAUACAUGAGGUCAUUCCAAAGGUAAAAUCUCAUAAGUAAUUAAUAAUGCCUCUGAAAGUCCUCUGAGGUAGCCAGUGUUCUUCCUUUGUCUUAUUUCAUGAUUUGUAAUAACAAUUUUUCUAUGUAUUUAUGUAAUUAUUUGUGUAUUGUAUUUCAGGAUUCUAUCAGUACACCUUAUCGACCCUUUUUAGAUUUUAAAGACCGGCCCGCCAUGAUGAACAUUUGCUAUCUCUGAGCCAACUUUUAUUUUAAGAAUGAAAAAAUGAAGGUUCCUGUUGGUUUUUGUUAUUUCCAUGUAGACAGAGGGUAGAAAUACUACCAAGAUUGUUUUCUUUAACAUCAGAUAUCUCACAUCCCUCUGUUCAGUUGUCCUAGUUUGCUUGUUUAGCUGUUACAAUCAUUAUAAUUUGAUUAAUUUCCCUUUUCGUUCUCUAGUUCUGCUGAAAUUAUUUGAAGACCUUAGCACUUAAUUUCGUAUUUAUCACCUCUAUUAAUAUCAGAUGUUCAUUGAGAUUUCAAGCAGUAGCGCGAAAUUUUCAAUGUAACCAUUUGCGUAAAAAGGUGCGUAAAAAAAUUCAAUUAAUGUAACUGAGAUGGACAGUUAGGCAAAACGGCUUUCACCCCUCUAAAAACAUUUUCGCCCAAGAUUCACCUUUUCUGGCCUGCAAUCGCAUGUGUACUUCCAGUUGGCUCCAUAUCACAGGUUAAAAACAAACGAACCUAAAAGAACCUUAAAAACAUAACAUUGAUGGCGAUAAGAGGAAUGGGUGUUGUAACGAUUGUCAAUAACCAAUAAUUUGUCACCUAAUUGUUCACUGCCUACCAACCCACUUUCUUACCUUAAACGGACCGUGGGGACUGGGGAAAGGUCACAUGAAAAGAGAAUACAGUAGACUGUUCGAAUUGUCUUUUAAACCACAGAAAGUACACGUAUUUGGUUUGUAAGGCCUUGCACACGGACUUUUAAUGGUCGACUUAUCUCUGCGUACAUCAUAGUGACACCUCAAGAAAGGUGUCAAUUAUCAGAUUAGUGAAGUUAAAAAUGGCUGUGGAAGUUGGAUGGUAAAGAGAAACUCUGAUUCUGAUUAUCUAUUUCAAAGAGUUACUUGUCUUCUUAAGCUUGAGAUUUCUGGUGUUCAUGGGGUUUGACUGUUCCUGGCAUUCCGAAAGUAGAGUCGAGUCGCGAAAUGCAUGCUGUUUGUCAUGCGAACGGCCCCAAACCUCUCCCCUUUUCACGCUCCGCGGCGUCGUCUUCUUUCAGGCUUGGUUUUAUUAUCUUAAUUAAAGCCUGGAACAGGCUGUCAUUGAGUUGAGGGGAUAAAUUUCUAAAGAAAGUAUGAAUCUACAUCGAUGGGGGAUAUAACUAGAUAAUUCGGUUUUAUCAUCUGCGUUAAGAUUGUAAAUUGGCCAUCGCAAAGAGUUUCUAAAGCUAAAGUUUCGAGCGUUAGCUCUUCGUCAGAGCGAAUGAUUGAGUUAACUGUAUUUAUCAAAUUCUAUUCUCCAGCACCAAACCCUUGCGAGGCUCAAGGAAUGGACUUGGCUUUCGCGAUCGACCGAACAAGAAGUGUUGGCAUAGAUGAUUAUAAGCUAGUCAAAGGCUUCCUCCUGCAACUGACUGACGCGCUGACCAUUGGACCAGAAGAGACACACACUGGACUUAUCGUGUUUGCUAAACAAGCGCACGUAAUAAGUACCUUUGCAGAUAGUGGUUUCUACGAUAAAGAAAAUCUGUACCACCUUAUAUAUAACCUAUCGGGAGAAAAAGGCUCAUUUGGGCUCCGAUUGUUCAUUGACAGGGCGCUGAAAAAAGCCAAUGAAGAAUUGUUUACUGAUAGGGGAGGUGACAGGCCGGAAUUUCCAAAUGUUUUGAUUCUUUUGUCGGCUGGAAAGACAAAUCCUGAAUCGAAGUCUUUCUCGGCUACAAUUCCUUUGCUUCAGGUAGGAAUGACUAAAAUUUGCUUUCCCCUGACUUAUCUUUCAGAUUUUCUCUGUCUCUUUUACUUCCAUACGAAUGAUUUAUUUCAUUUAUUACACUGUUUCAUUCAUUGUUUUGCGACAAACCCUUUUCACGUGGGCGAUAAUAAUGGAUCAAUUUCCAGUUGAGUGUUGAGUGUCUGCGAUUGUUCCAAAAAAGUCGCAAAGUUGAAAUUUCCAUUCCCUUAACCAAUAAAAUGCGAGACCGUAACCAAUUGUAAUAACGAAUUAGUUGCCCGCGUUUCUAGUACGUUAGGCGUUUUACUUAUUUUUACUUUAAACUCUCAUUGGCUCUUCAAGUUAUUUUCCUUUCUCCUAAUUGGCUCAAUUGAAAACCCUUUAAAAUGUGUAUCAAUCACUUCCUCUUUUAAGUUUUCAUGCCUUUAUUUCACAAAAUAGAUUUAGAUGAAAAUAAAACUAAGCUAACUUUAGAUUCAUGAAAAAGCAGUUCAUAUUAGUUUUGAGUGGUUUUAAAGGAUCCUCUUUAAUGAUUGCACGGUAAAUCUGGAUGAAGAAGGAGAUAAAAGAAGGGGUGAACCGAAAACGAAACGCAGGAAAUACCUUUGUGGCAACUCAGAUUUCCAUUUCGGUGAUUUCACCCUCUUAUAUCGCCAAUAAUUUUCAUUUUCUUUUCAUUUCACAAUGUCUCCUUUGUCAUCAGCGCUACAUUACUAAGUUGUUCUGUUCACAAUUUACAUUUCAGAAAAAGGGAGUUAAAAUUAUUGCAAUUGGUGUUGGAAAUUAUGAGGAAUUCGAAGGACAACUGGAAGAAAUUGCAGGAGAAGAAGUUUACACCGUAAACAGCUUUAAACAACUGUCUGAUUUGUUUGCUGGGAUUUUGGAAGCAACAUGCAGUAAGUUGUGUGGCAGUUAUAUGUAA